GGGAGGUCAUAAUUUUAUAAUGCGCGAGCUUUGCAGACUUAUGAAACUUACUAUCACUCUACUGUAAGCACAAGUUAGCGUCAAAUUUAUCGCGAUAUUUUCAAAUAUUACAUCACGCACUCAAGAGACACGGAUAAUCUAGGUGAAGCACUGUAGAGAUGGCUACUUCAAACAAGACGAUCGCCUUCAUAGGGCUUGGUGUGAUGGGCUAUCCCAUGGCUCUAAAUUUACGAAAAGGUCUCGAUGAAUCACACACCCUCCUAAUCUGCGAUGUUUCCUCCGAUGCACUUGUACGGUUUCAAAAAGACGCUGAAGGCCAUGGCAAAGUAAAUGUCGUUGAGAAUGGUUAUGAGGCGAUUCAAAAGGCGAAUACUGUAAUCACGAUGUUACCGGAUGCGAAGGUGGUGAACAAGGUUUACUUGGACAGCAAGACGGGCAUACUUGCUGGCGCUGAACACAAAUUUGCAGAGAGCAGCGGUGCAGAAAAGCAAGGAAAUAUCAUCAUGGAGUGCGGGACCAUCGAGACUGCCACUAUUCUUGAAGUCGCAAAAGCAGUCGAAUCUUCCAACGUGAGCCAAUUCGUCACCUUCGUCGACGCACCUGUCUCCGGUGGUCCCAUGGGUGCCCAGGACGGCACACUAGCCUUUAUGGCCGGAUUAUCGAACAAAUCAAUUUGGCCUACUGUCAAAGGCUAUCUCUCAUACAUGGGCAACGCAUCUUCAAUCUUCCUCUGUGGCGACAUCGGGUCCGGUACAGCCUUCAAGGUCAUCAACAACUAUCUCUCCGCCAUCACCAGCCUCGCAGCAUCCGAAGCGCUAAACAUUGGGGCAAAAAUGGGGUUAAACCUAGAACUAUUGACGGACGUGAUCAAUGUGAGUGGAGGGCAGUGCUGGGUCACAAGUAAGAGCAAUCCGGUACCGGGUAUUCAGGCCAACGUGCCAAGCUCAAGGGAUUAUGAAGGCGGAUUUCGGAUUGAGCUUUGUGCUAAGGUAUUGGGAAUGGGAAGUCAGCUUGCGGAGAUGGUGGGUGCAAAGACGGUGCUGGAUAAGCCCACGUUGGAGGCGUUUGGUGAGGCGAUGCAGGACGAGAGAUAUAAAGGGAAGGAUGCUAGGGUUGUGUAUAAAUGGUUGAAUGAGAGCGGGCGGGAGUAGUAGCAUUCUGCGAAAUUACAAAUGAUUUGUAGAAAGGUG